AAUACUUGGCCUCGUUAUUCAGUCGAUUACUGUUUUCUAUCUCAUCGGUGUGUGCUGGAUAUCUUGGUCAAUAUAUAACUUGUAACGAAAGGUUUUCGUUUUUGUCACCGGAUGUGAGCUCACGUUCAACAAAAACAUCACUUGAGAACAUACAAGUUACAAUCGGCACGUCCGCAUUAAUUUUCAAGCUGCGGAUGGAGUGCGGAACUUAGAUAUUUACUGCUGCAGUGUCAGAACUUUGUCUUACGAAUGGAGUUCUCCAUGCUAUUUAUUGCAAGCGUAUUUCUCUUUAUGAUCUCAGGUAAGAACUUCUGGUUUCAGCCGUUAGGUUACAAAACCUGAUGAUAAACUGCUAUUGUACAGUUUCGAAAGUUCUAGUGGAGCGUUCUCAACUCAAUAGUAUACCGCAAUUUUCUUAAGGGAAAAAAUGUAUUUAUUCUGUGUCUGCGUGCCAUAAAGGCUUAAUCAUAGUGUUGGUUGGCGUCGGUUAGCUGGAUCUUAUCGAAGCGCUUGAUCUCUUCAUCAAUUUCAAAAGUCAUUAUAAGAAGCUCGGCGCGACUUAACAAAUUAGAAUCCUACAGUGCACUGACAAUAUAUAUGAACUGCAUCCACGGCACUCAGUGAGGCGAGUCAUAUUUGUUUGUCCUUUAUGGUCGUCGAUUUGCAUUAAAAUAGAACUUCAACAACGAAAUAACACCACUGGACGCCAUAAUAUAAAAAUAUCUUUCCGCGGUGCGAACGUAUCGAGUUUUAUUUAUACCGCAAUCGUCGUGUUUAUCCAACCCUUUAGGAUUUUACACCUCGAUGCAUAAGAAAAUAUUCAUAACGAUUAGAGUUCCUGCAUAAGAAGCUUCGCUCAUCUUUUAAUAAUAUAAAUAGAAAUAAUACUUCAUACAGUUAUUCUUCUGCUGUCAUCUACUCUUGCGAAAUACAAAACUCUGGUGUCAGUACAAAAAAAAAGGAAAAGAAAAACUACAGCUUGAACAAACGCUUCCCCUCUACAGUUUUUCCUUGGCCACAUGUUUAGUCGAGGUGAACGUGUCUUUGCGAUGUACGUGGCAAAUUUUAUGGAGCAAUUUGUAAUGUGUUAUCAUCGGCUCUGAAUUAAAAAAAGUUGUAUGAACGCUGCACGGUGGCCAACAUGUUGAAAUUAGUGUGUCACGCAACGAUUUAAAAUUGCCUGGGGAUAUUGAUCAUGACAAUAAUUACGCUGAACUGACUCCGAAGAGCCCGGUAGGGCCGAUAUCAUUAUCAAGCAUUAUUUUCCAUACUUUUGCCUGUAAUUUAGCCAUAGGUGAUAUUUCGUUUUGCUUCUCAGACCCUUCUAACCAAUUCCUCUGGGAGAGGAACAAUUGCUAAGAAUGUUACAUGAACAAUCUAUCAAGAGUGUUAAGGAAAGAGUAAACGAUGGUUUUCUAGAGAACAACAAAAUAUGGAGCAGUAGUUGUUCAAUGAAAGACACAUUCCUUUUUCUUCCUCCCGUCUGUUUGGCUACAUUUUUACGAAAUUGGAAAAGAGUCUACUGGGAAAUUAUAAAGGCAUAAAAACCGAAUAAACUGACCGACAUUAGAAACCAAGAAAGGUUUUGUUGUCGAUAAAUCGGAUUAGCUGCAUAUGCCGUGCUACAUGUUUCUUAGAAAACUUAGAUAAAUAAAAUUCAUUCGAUAAAAACUCAUGCAAUAUCACCAGUUAGCACCAAACAGCCGCUGAGUGCAUUCCUACCCCUCUCUCUGACCAAAAUAGAUCAUUCAAUUUCCAGUUAUAACGUAUACUGAGUAACUACUUUAAAAGUGGAAUGUCUCAUGAAUUGAUAAUUUUUUUUUAGAUGCGCAAGUUUUUGUACUGACCCCAGUCAGUCCAAUUCAAGCUCAAGAUGGCGAUAACAUUACACUACAUUGGGAAUAUCAUUCUGGCUUUCACACACUGAGUCUUGCUCAGUGGGGGACUAUGACCUCGGAAGGUACUUUGGAAACCAUCAUAGCUCAACAGCAUGGGAAUAAGCCAGUGGAGUAUUUAUCAUCGAAUUACAAAGGCCGUGUGUAUGUGACGAGCAAAGCCUCCCUUUCUUUCAUUGACGUUAAAGUGGAUGACACCGGGCGAUAUGGUUGUAAGUUGACGUUUGGAGACGCGACAAUUUCAAAUUCCACAAUACUGGAAGUAUCAGGUAGACGACUGUUUUUCUCGUUAAGCUAAGUCUGUAGUCUGAGUACUCCGUAGUCCUUUUGAUGCGGAGCCAGAGUUCUGAUCGGAAGAGUUCAUGCCGAUAAGAGAUCGGGCUGGAGGGGGCAGAUUAAUUACUCAGGGUGUUGCAUCAUCCCCGUCUUCGCUUUCCCUCGUGGCACUGUUACAAAAUACUUCAAGUAGUCUACAUCUACAUCUAUUGAGCCUAACAAGUGUAAUUGGUAUUGUAUUGUCGUCUGGUAUCCACAUGACUCGCUAAUUUAGCGUGCAGUUACAGAUUUUGGUGCACUGAGUAAUUUCGCUCGUUUAUAAAUGACGUCGUUUUUUCUCUCAAUUCAUCUCCCCCUAUGGAAAAUAGCACUUUGCUCAAACUUGAUUUAUCAUUCAGAACAAAGUUCUUCAUUGAAGUUUUCUAACUUCCGACUUUACCAAUUGUAGCUUAUGCAUGAUUAACUGAAGGCUAAGAAACAUAUAAAAGAAGGAAAAACUCACAUAUUUAUAUUAUGCUUUUUUCCUUUAACAGUGUUGUUCUCCUCAUAGGUGCCACUGAGAGAAAUUGUAACAUGCAUGUGUUCUUUCAACAUCAACGUCAUCUCAUAGAUAUAUCGAUCACAACUAAUCCAUGCUAUUUCGGUCUGUUCAUCUCUUAAGCGAGAACCAUUACAGACGUAUCCCCCACAGCUAAUGGUACUGCUGAUGACGACACGAUUAAUACGCAUCCAGUAUAUCUGGCCUUUGUUGCCGUGGUCCUGAUCCUAAUUAUACUAGUUGUUGUCUACUUUUUCCUCACGCGUAGAAAAAGAGGUGAGCUCGUACACCUUCCCUCGUAAAAACUAUUAAAACCGUUUGGCUAAAGUAGGUCAAUGGCUUGGAUUUUGGAUUCUGGAUUCGGAGGAACAGGGUCUUGGAAAGGGGGAAUGGGUGGGGGGUUAAGACUGUUGAUAAAACUGUUUCCCAUUUCUUUCAUGGAAGUUUGAUUCCGUCCCCACCCUAUGCGAUAUAUCGAUAUAUAUGUGAUGCAACACAUAUCUUAAGACUGACAAAUGAUGACUUACAAGGAAAAGAUUAAUGAUUUAAAUGAACUGACAAUCUCUAUCUUAUUUUUUUUCUCAACAGUGGCUCGUACCAAUAGGAAGUAAGUAUUACGCCUGUGUCGGUUUUCUCACCGUGGUGUUCCAUCUUCCAUUGGCAAGUUUGCCGGCGAUUUUAAUUUGGUGACUUCUGUCUUAAACUGUCAUUCAUAACGUUACCAAGGUUUUACAUGAUAGGCUUGGUUACUUCUCCUGAUAUUCAGCACGCUUCUAGUCACUCUAAUUCAGUAUUUACAAUCCUAUUUUAGUCACAUUUCUGUUCCGUUUCAACCACUCUGAUUGACCUGAUAGACUAUGUUGUUAGCAGGAAUACGAUGUCAAGUAUGUUGUUAUCUCUUCUCUUCUCUUCUAGCAAAAAUGAAAGAGCUAGACUGGAUACGAAUAUGGUUGAAAUGGUAAGAAUAGGAUAAGAUUUAUCUUUUUUUUCGGGAGGAUGUCCCCUAAGAAAGUUCACAGGAUGAUAUCAAGCACGUUCCUCUGAACAAUUUACAUUGCAAUUUAUACUUGUAUAUGAAUUAAUGGCAAGACUUUCGUUUUUCUCGCCACGAAAAUAGAUGGUGUCGAAGGGCCUUGGUUUUCAAGGGGAACGGGGGGGGGGAGGAAAGUUAUCUCUUAUAGAGUUUUUUACAGGUAGUAGGACUAUGUUUUAUUGACUGCCAAUCAGGGGGAAGGAGCCUUGUUGAGGCAUCGGGUAAGUUUUAUUACGACGAGCCAAAAUCCUCCGUCCUCACCCCCCCCCCCCUCCCCCCCACACCUCCUCUCAAGCUAUGAUCGAUGACCAGACUAAGUCGUGGUGUGUUGUACUUUCUCUGUACAGAACCCACUGUCUCAAAAUUACAUGUACGCAGACGUAGACGCAGACGCAGGAAGAACUCCUGAUCCAAUUAGUUCUUCUGACGGAGUGAUCCGUCAAGAAUACUCAGUGAUUCCUCCUAUACUUCCCAACCCGACCGAAAAGGACUGGGAAUUACCCAGAGAGAAUCUCGUGUUUGUGAAGGUGAUUGGCAGGGGAGCUUUUGGUAAAGUGGCUCGAGGAAUGGCUAAGGGAAUAAAUGACAACAAGGAAGACGUGGUUGUGGCUAUCAAAAUGUUAAAAGGUUCGUUUAAUUAACUGAUACCUCUAAAAACUUACCUUAUCUUCAUGCAAGUUUUUUUCGGUCUAACAAACUCAAGUGAGGGAAGACGUCAGAUGGCAUGAGUGUGUAGACUUAGAAAUUCUUCCCUCAAGCUAAUUCACGGUAAAUUCGAUUAAGAAUGGAGGGAGAAAUUUGGGGACGUAAAUUGCAUUUUUUUUCUUGCUCGUUUGAUUUUACAAUUUCGACGAUAACGUUUUCAGAACAUUAGAGUUUUUUUCUAGUACCCGAACCAUUUAUAAAAACCCGUUGUUUAUGUUGAUCUAUGGUAGAAAAUGCCACCGACGAAAACAGACAGGAUCUCCUCGCUGAACUAAACAUGAUGAAGAAGCUUGAACCGCAUCAAAAUGUUAUUCAGUUGCUGGGCUGUGUCACCAAAUCAGGUUUGCCAGUGAACUUAAUCUCUAUGGAUCAGAUGCACAUGGCCCCUCAGAAAUAUCGUUGUAUCUUGCAAAUGUUGUAAUUUGUCGAAAACGCACCAACUCACGUUCAUUAGUGAACCACCUUUAUAAUAUUCUAGAGAAACAAACCUCAGCAAUCACAACUGCAGGUCAACUAGCGAGCUUAACAUAAAUGACAACUUUUUACUUUAACGAAACAGUCUCUUAGUGUAGCGCAACAACAGCGAAAUGAUUGUCUACACAAUUGAAGAUACAUUUCUACGGCCUCAUUCCCUGAGUGGCUGUUAUAAAAAUUAGCAUCAUUGUGAACUGUUGAGAACUGAAGUAGACCAGAAACAAAAGUGCAUGUUUAUGGCUCGGAAGAAAGAUUCGCGAUCAUGCGUCCUAUUGAAGUUGUGUCGAUGGUUAUUCUAAGGAUAUUUCAUAACUAGCUAGAAAAAAAAUUAAGCUUCGUGUAAGGGAUAGUAAAAAUGACGACUAUUCAUAUCGAAACCACGAAGUUCUAAAUUAUUCCCGCAAAUUGACCAUACGUGCGUGUUUCCAAUCGACCAAGUUUCAUCGACAAGCGUUGACAGUUACCACGGUUAUCUCUUUAGUUUAGCUUUAUUUUUCCAGAGUCUACCUGCCCAACCCAAGUACCAAGGUACCUUUGUUUGUUUUUUUUUUGCGAUUGGAAUAAAAUUUUCUAGCACUGGAAAAACCACAUUCGCAUUCGAGAAUGUCUUUCGACGACAGAUUUUAACCGCAAAGUAAACACAUUUUGAAAAAGUGCGACCCAUACCUAUUUGACUAUGUAUGCGAUAAGCAUUUUGGCUACUGUAUCUAGGCAACCUCGUUUUCAGAGGUCAUGUUCCCUGAUCUGUUGCGGGCGGAAACCACCUCCGGAGGAAGAGUUACAUGUAGAAAAGAAGAGGGAAUAACAAAAAAGAUACAUAUCAAAAGGCGCGCAAAAGUAGUGCUAGUGAGGAAAAUGAAGAGAAAAUAACCCUUCAACUCCCAGAAGAAAUUAACAUGAAACUUCUCCCUAUAAUAUCCCUACAUUUUCCCCCAACUGGUGAUGGGAAUACUCGAACUUAUCAGGUUUUUUUUUAUCCUCAUCUAAUACCAAUUUCUCACUACUAAUGUACAAGGGAAAAAAAUUGUUAGAGGGGAGAAUUGACCAUAAGAUCGUGGAAGUUAAAAGGUUAAUCGAAAAGAGAGGAAAAGAGAAGAAUUUGAAACAGAAGAGAAAGCUAUGAAAGCGAAAUUCUUUGAUAUAAUCGGCUGGCCGUAAUCCUUUGCUGGCCACAUUAGUUCCGCCGAGAUGACUGCGCUUAGAGGGAACUUUAAAAAUUUGCAGCCAUCUUGUCGUAACAGUCCUGUUCAAAAACAUAUUUUUAUCGGGGUGUUUGAACUAACUUUAUUUUUUUAAACGUUGUUUUUUAUUUAAGAUCCCGUUAUGGUUGUAACGGAGUAUGUGCCACAUGGAGAUCUCUUAGGUUUUCUGAGGAAGAGCCGUGGACUCCGCGACACAUAUUACAACGACACUGAAAUAAAACCCCAAAGCUCUCUUAGUUCUAACCAAUUAUUCAGCUUUGCUUGGGACAUUGCGAAUGGCAUGGAUUACUUGUCUUCAAUGAAGGUACUGUAAUGUGCCCGUUUACAAAGGUUGUUCUUACCACACGAUUAUGGCAAAAGUGAGAGCGACUUGAUCAGGCAGAUCAGAUCAACUAUCUCAUGUACGAUAUGAAACAAGACAAAUGGAAAUUUAAACGCCUUAGAAUGAUCGCACUCUAUCAGAAUAACACAAACGAGUGGAUUGAAUUUCCAGACAGCUUUCCUGUUUGCUACAGGAACAAACCAAAGAGACAGUUGUGGCUUCUGAAGAAAAUAGGAGUUUCGACAGGGUACCUCAGGCCAUUACCCUCACGAAAUUAAAUAUUUUGAGCUGUAAUUUUUCCCACAUUUGUUAAGUCAUGAUGCCUAGCGUAAGCACGAAGUGCAUAUCGGUGUCGUAAGAAUUAUCAUCCCUGCCUGGUUUUCCUAAAAAUCGCUAGAUCGCCUAAGGUUGAAAUACUGGAGACACCUGAUAUUUGCAAGAUUAACUGGAUUGAUCUAUGACGGGUUUUAACCAUUCUUGCAGAUAGUUCAUCGCGAUCUUGCAGCACGUAAUGUACUAGUUGGUGAUAGAGAGACCUGCAAAAUAACGGAUUUUGGUUUGGCAAGGGAUGUUUUUAAAGAAGACCUCUACAGAAGAACAGCCACGGUAAACUACAAGGGAUAAUGAUUAGUCUAAUUUCCACGUUAAUAAAGUUUCUUUUAGCUUUGAUUUCCUCUUUAUUUUAGUUUUUGAUCCGCACCAUAUGGUAAAAACCAUUUUGAUCAGCGAGAUUACUUUGCGCAUGGUUUUAACAACCUUUUGGUUGUGCAAGUUAUGCAUAAAGUUGCCUUUCAAGGUAUUGAUGCUCUCUCAUGAAAAUGUUUAUUCCAUGUUAUUGAGUGGUAGAAUUCUACCAGUUAUCAAGUUAAGUUUUGGCAUUUGUCUCUUGAUUGGUAGGGUCGUCUCCCUGUAAAAUGGACUGCAUAUGAAUCUUUGUUAUAUGGAAAGUGUACAACGAUGAGCGACAUGUAAGUUACUUUCAAUUGUUUGCUUAGUUUUGGUUUUGUUACCGCUGUUCUGGAUACCACUGCUUUUCCUAAGUGUUCUCUUUUUAAAAAACGGACUUCUUUGACGUAUUUCAUUUAAUAAUUUCAGAUGGAGCUAUGGAAUCCUGAUGUACGAAAUCUUUACCAUAGGUGAGAAUCAACUCUUCCGUAAGACGUGUUUUCAGUUUAAUCGGCGAGCAUCUUCUUGAUACUGCCGAACCGUUUGUUCAUCUUUUUUUACUGCUAUUCCAGUGUACUUUGAUGUGGUGUAAACCUUCGUUAAAAAAAGCCGAGAAUGAAAUGAGCAAUAUGGAUAAAAUAUAAAACGGGCUUGCGAGCGGAUGCCCAUUCCCAGACCUUCAGCACGGGCGUUUGAUAGUGACCAGACCCCCAGCAAAACUCUCCUGACUUCCGAAAAACUUUUAAAACUCUCCAGUCUCCUCGCAUGCAAAGAAACACGCGUCCUGCAGCGUUGCUACUGAAGGCUUGCACGUAGGUCAAUUCAAAGACUUAACAUACAAUCUCGACUCUGCGAACGUAUACUCAGGCUACUGCGAAAUCUGUCUUAAUUUCCUAACUCCGAUCAUAUGUAAGAAACAUCGUAAUGCUUACUGUGGUUUUGCCUUUUAAUAUCGUUGUGAAUAACAAGCUUUGAUUCAUAGGAGGUUCACCAUAUCCGAAAAUCGACGGAAAAUCUUUAGCCUCUUUACUUCAAGAAGGUUACAGAAUGCCCAAGCCUCCACAUUUGGAUGAACAAUUGUAAGUGGAUCACUUAAAAAUAAAUCAGUGUCACAUCUAAUGAAGUUACCUCGUUCAUAUCUUCUGUCAGUAUAUACCAUACAAAUGAAUAAUGCUUUUAGCGCGCACUGAUUGGCUAAUUCGGAAGUAAAAAACAAGUACCAUUUACCUCUGAGGAGCCGAUGAAACAACAUCGCGCGUCGAGAGUAUAAUUUCAAACCCUUGUUAGGUAUAUUGAAAGAAAUAAACUUGUUUUUCGGUAUCCAUGUGGUACGUUAUUCACCUCUGUCAGAGUCAAUCAAUAUUAAUUAAAUCUUGUUUUCUCUUUUUUUUAGGUAUAAAGUCAUGAAAGCCUGUUGGAAUAAAAAACCCGAGGAGCGACCAUCAUUUGCAGAGCUGCGCAGGACCAUGGAAGACAUGGGCAAAGAGAAAGAGGUAUCUAAAACUUCCUUUUUGUAAUAGCGUUAUCGCAUUUUGAUUGUUUUCAACAUAGAAGUAAAGAAUUUGUUAUCGCAAGCGAGCUCCAGAUAAAGAAAUUGAAGAAAACGGGCUUGACCCUGUGUCUUCCUAACCCCUCUUCGAGAGAGGCCCAAAACCCCCAUCUCUCUAGGUAUUUCUGUUUAUGUAAAGCUUUUGCGGUGGAACGUUCGAACUGAGAUUGAAGAGUUCGUCAUGAACAUGCCUUAGGAUCAGAGUCAGUUGCACAUUUGCUUUUUGUUCUUGUUUUGUUUUGGUCUUUAUGAAAGAAAGGUAGUGUUUACCGCCUUGUGAACCUCAGUGGUCAAUCAUUUUUCAUUUUGCUAUAUCAAGAACUCAAACUGUUGCAUUCAUUUUUCAGACCUACAUCAACCUUAAGGACUACGAUAGCAAACUUUACCAGAACGUUGAUGAUAUGGAAGCUUAGGCUUUGGUGCUUUUUUAAAAUUGCAUACACUGUAUAAAAAUAGGGCUCUUUGCUAAGUCAGUGAACACCUGAUAAUGUAGCCAUAUGGUGUUAAAUGAGAUUCUUUUAAUUAAGUACAGUACUGUGCCAGUGUGAUGCAAACGAUAAUCGCCGAUUAUCGCGAUCGUCGUGAUGCAUCGGUGAUAUAUGAGCGAUGUUUCAGUUGGAAAUAUCGCAGGGCUGUUGUUGUCCAGUACUGUAUUUAAGCCACAAAAUUGUGCACGUAAUAGAAUGUUAAAUACACGGCACGCAUUUUCAUCAUUCAAAGUGAGUUCUAAAGGGCGCUCCAGAACGAACAAAGAUGUUAUCCUUCAAACAUGUAUUUUUUUUUGUCAUAAAAUACUGUGUAGGUUUACAAUUGUAAAGUUUCAUUAAAGCUAGCAUAGUUAAUAUGCCCUGAAUUCAGUUGGGACGUAUCAAAUCGAAAUGAAACCAAGGACAGAAUAGACAAAAUAUUAUUUAAUUUCAAAGUAUAUUUAAAUUGGAUAGUGUUUGGCAAGCAUUCUUAGAAGGCUUCUAUGCGCUUAAAGGUAGGAAUAGACGCCCUUAGAUUGAUGGCGUAAGUGAUGGAUGUGUUGUGGUUCAAUUUUAUUCAUGAUUCAAAUGUUAUUUUCCUUUGUUUCAAACUCAUUAUCAUACAUUACAAUACCCAAGAACAAAAGAAAAUAAAAUUUGAACCCAUCACAUACAUUGAUUCAAUUAACAGGUGACAGAGGGUACAAAAAAUAUCAAGUGUAACUCUUGUAGUAAGAUUCAGAAAUACUAGCGUCUAUUUUAAUUUAAAAUGAGACUAAGAAGGCCUCGAAGCGAUUGAAUGUGGCUGGCCUUUUGACUCAGUUGUUAAGGGCGCUACACCGCUAACGUAGGUUGGUCAUAAUUUUCAGGUUUGGCAUAGGUGGGGUAUAGUAAAAGUGUAGUGGACUUACAUUCAAGAUACCAAGAUACCAUACCUUUGUUUCGUACUUUUUUUACCUAAGCAAGUUAUAUCAUAUAGUUAAAUGUCAGAAAUUACAAAGAAAUGAACUCGAAAAACGUUACU